UCCCUCCAUCUCUUUUGCGCCACAAAACCCAAUUCAUCCAAAUCCUUACUCUGGAUAUGUCCCAUCUUCUGUGGUCUGAAAUUCUGCUUCGUCCCUUUCAAAACUCACUCACCAAAAUACCCAUCACCACGAGCUUUUUGUACUCUCAGCUCUCAUGGCCGGCGGACAUUUUUUCCCUCUCGUCAGAAAACCAAACACCUCACAAUUCAACCCAAUUUAACAAAUUCUUCUCACGAAAAACAGAAAUACAAUACUGAUGAGUACUGCCGCUACUGCUGCCCUCACAUCCACCAUUUUCGGAAACCAAAACCCCUGUAACCGGAGAUGGAUCGAAAUCUCGCACCCUCCGGCGGCGAUCGGCGGCCGAAGAUGCCUCACCGUUAGGGCAGCCAAAUCCCCUCCCGGAAAGGAGAAGAAGAAUCAGCCGAGGAGGAGAAACAAGCGGAAGGAACAAGCGGUGAAGGAGGAGAAAUCGCCACCUGAAGACGGAGAAACGCCCGAGGUUCCCACCGCCGCCGCGACCUCCUCUGUCACGGCGAUUAAAAACCGUCUGGACGAGGUGAAUCCGGUGGGACUCGGGCGGAAAUCGCGGCAGAUUUUUGACGAGGUGUGGCGGAAGUUCUCAGGGUUAGGGCAAAUUUCGCGGACAACGAGGACCGACGAUGACGAGGCGGCACUUCUCAUAAGGGAGGGCGGGCCGAUGUGCGAGUUUGCAGUUCCGGGGGCACAGAACACCACUGUGCUGGUGGUCGGAGCCACCAGCCGAGUCGGCAGGAUUGUGGUUCGGAAGCUUAUGCUCAGGGGUUAUACAGUCAAGGCUUUAGUACGUAAGGCUGAUGAAGAUGUGGUGAAUAUGCUGCCAACGUCGGUUGAGAUUCUAAUGGGAGAUGUUGGAGAGCCUUCAACUCUCAAGACAGCUAUCGAGGGCUGCAAUAAGAUUAUCUAUUGCGCGACAGCUCGCUCGUCAAUCACUGGGGAUCUCAACAGAGUCGACCAUCUCGGCGUUUAUAAUCUCACCAAAGCAUUUCAGGACUAUAACAAUAAGCUUGCGCAAUUGCGUGCUGGAAAAAGCAGCAAAAGUAAGCUUUUGAUUGCGAAGUUCAAGUCUGAAGAUGCACUGAAUGGAUGGGAGGUCCGUCAAGGAACUUAUUUUCAGGAUGCUGCUGCCGCCAAGUAUGAUGAAGAAAUGGAUGCUACAUUCGAGUUCACCGAAAGUGGAGAUGCAGUCUUCUCAGGAUAUGUUUUCACUAGAGGAGGCUACGUUGAACUAUCAAAGAAGAUUUCACUUCCUUUGGGCUCUACCCUCGACAGGUACGAGGGUCUAGUGUUCUCUGUUGGUGGAAAUGGUAGAUCAUAUGUAGUAAUUCUUGAAGCGGGUCCAUUGGCCGACACUUCACAAAGUAAAAUGUACUUUUCCAGGAUAAGCACAAAAGCUGGGUUUUGCAGGGUAAGGGUGCCAUUUUCAACUUUUAGACCUGUGAAGCCAGAAGACCCUCCACUGGAUCCAUUCCUUGUACAUACCUUGACUAUCCGAUUUGAGCCCAGACGACUGAGACCAACCGAGGGACCUGUUGGCGGAAAACAAGACUUGAGAAGCUUCCAACUAAUUUUGGAAUAUAUCAAAGCUUUGCCUACUGGGCAAGAAACGGAUUUCAUCUUAGUUUCAUGUACAGGAGCAGGAAUAGAGCCUACCAGAAGGGAGCAGGUUUUGAAGGCUAAGAAGGCUGGGGAAGAAUCACUGAAAAAAUCAGGCCUUGGUUACACAAUUAUCCGUCCUGGCCCCUUGGUGGAAGAACCAGGUGGCCAACGAGCUCUGGUUUUCGACCAAGGAAACCGAAUAACUCAGGGAAUAAGCUGCGCAGAUGUUGCUGAUAUAUGCGUAAAAGCAUUGCAUGAUGCAACAGCCAGAAAUAAGAGCUUUGACGUGUGUUACGAGUAUGUAGCCGAACCUGGAAAGGAGCUAUACGAGCUGGUGGCUCAUUUACCUGACAAAGCAAACAAUUAUCUGACUCCGGCUCUCUCGGUUCUUGAGAAGAAUACGUGAAAAUACCUACUCUUGGUGUAACAAACAGCAGCUUAAGUUUUGUUUGUUCAUUUUCUUCUGAUUUGAAGAUAAAUGUUUGUAUAAAUGGGGUAUACAAAAUCGAUAACUGGAUGGCUCAAGAAUGAUUUGUGAUUUUGGUUAAGCGAAAUGUGUAUCUAAUCCACUGAGUUGUAUAUGUGUGUGUCUAUAUAUACACAUUGGCAUUGUUAUGUUGACUGGUGUUUCCUCUUACCAUGUUUUCUACUGUUAUGUAUAUGAAGAAUACCAUUAAACUAACGUAGUCCAUUGUGGUUCUUAAAUCUUAAUGUGUUUUCAGGUUGAAAUUUUGUUUUCCAAUUGUUGAUCCGGC